AUGAAAGAUAAACACAGUGAUAAAAUUAACUUAGGUUUAACUCCGCCAUUAAAUAAUAUAAUCAUACAUUAUCGAAAACUUUUACUGGAUUCUCGAUUUUCAUCAUGGUCAGAACCAAGUGAAACAAAAAUCGAAAGAUAUUGUGAAAUUCAAGGCAGUGUAACUCAUCUGGGGAGGCAAGGAAAAAUGGAUAAACAUAUUAAAAAUGUUAAUUCAGAAAAUAAAAGUGGAAAACUGACCGACUUUUUGCAGCCUGCAACUUCUGUUCAUAUUACAAACAUAGCAGCUCCAGAACCUAAGCUUUGUUCCCUCAUUGCAGAACAUAACUUACCAGUGAGACUUAUGAAUCAUUUACCUGGACUAAUUCAGACUGCAUGUCCUUAUUCCAAAAUGGUCAAAGGUAUUAAAUGUGCAAGAACCAAAGCUACUCAAAUAUAUAAAAAUGUUUUAGGCCCUUAUUACUUUGAAAACCUCAUUAAACAGUUAAAAGAGUGCAAGUUUUCAUUAAUUGUUGAUGAAACUACUGAUGUAAGUACAAAAAAACAGCUUGUUCUGUUAGCUAGAUUUUAUGAUUGUAGCACUCAAAAAAUUAUUGAUAGUUAUUUAAUUCUUUUGAAAGCCAAGGAUUGCUCGGCUAAUGGAAUUUUUUCCUCUAUUAAAAGAUUCUUCACCUUAUAUGAUAUUCCUUUUGAAAAUUUGAUAGGAUUUGCCAGUGAUUUGUGUCUGUCACUCUAUGCAUAUCUGUGCAUCAAAGGCAUGUUCAAAAUUACCUUCAUAUUUAGAAGAGAUUGCUAG